AUGAAGACCGCUGCCAAGGGUUUUGGGAAGUCUGCAAUGGACCCUUCGCACCGUGAGGGUUGGUGGAACAGAAAGAUACUGCUAAUGGUGUAUGUUGCUUUGGAGCUUGUUACAGUCCAUUCCCCCGUGGUCCUGGGGACCCUUGAGCUACAGCUAGAUGAGGAACAGCCAGCAGGCACAAUUGUAGGUGACAUCAGUGCAGGACUUCCUCCUGGCAUCACAGCAUCCCUGUACUUUAUCUCAGACCAUGAGGGCACAGGUGUGGGUAGUGAUUUGGACAUAGAUGAGAGCACGGGCAUUAUUAAAACCGCCAAAGUUCUGGACAGGGAACUGAGGGAUAGAUACAACUUCAUUGCAGUCACCAUGACAGGUGUGACCGUGGAGGUGACCAUAAAUGUGAAUGAUAUUAAUGACCACGCACCGAAGUUCCCGAGAAAACGGGCCACGUUUAAAAUCCCCGAGCAGACAGCCAUCGGCACCAGGUUUCCUCUUGAGCCAGCCGUCGAUGCUGAUCAAGGCCAACUUACAACACAGGGUUACAUUAUCAAGGACGGAAAUGUUGGCCAGGCAUUCACCUUGGAGACAAGGAGGGGAAGCAAUGAGAUUCUCUAUCUGGACUUGGUGGUCAAUGCCAUUUUAGACACAGAGAAAAGAUCCACCUAUACCCUAUCUCUAGAGGCCUUUGAUGGUGGUUUCCCCAAAACAACUGAUCAGAUGACAUUAGAUAUUACUGUACAAGACAUAAAUGACAACGCUCCCGUUUUCAACCAGAGCCGCUACCAUGCCAUUAUAUCAGAGAACCUUCAACCAGGAAGCAACAUCCUGCAGGUGUUUGCCACAGACGCUGAUGAAGGAGACAAUGGGAUGGUGCUGUAUGAAAUCAACAGGAGACAAAGCGACCCGGACCGCUACUUUGUAAUUGACUCUCGCACCGGUGUCAUCACGCUCAACAAGCCGCUGGACUUCGAGAUGAGGAGAGUCCACGAGCUGGUAGUCCAGGCGCAAGACAACGCAACCCAGCCAGAGGUGACCAAUGCUUUCGUCACCAUCCACGUCAGAGACUACAACGACAACCAGCCCACCAUGACCAUCAUCUUUCUGAGUGAGGAUGGAUCUCCUAGAAUCUCAGAGGGUGCACUGCCAGGCCAGUAUGUAGCCAGGAUCUCAGUAACUGACCCAGACUAUGGAGAGUACGCCAAUGUCAAUGUGUCACUAGAGGGAGGAGAUGGAAAGUUUGCCCUGACCACUAAGGAUAGCAUCAUCUAUCUGAUCUGUGUGGACAAGAUUCUGGACCGGGAGGAGAGAGACACCUACGAGCUAAGGGUGAUGGCAACAGACUCAGGCACUCCUCCUCUCAGGGCUGAGUCCUCCUUUAUCAUCCAGGUGAUUGACAUCAAUGACAACCCUCCUUUGUUUGACCAACCAGUCUACAGGCAGGUGAUCCCUGAAGUGGUGUUUCCAGGGAGCUUUGUGCUACAGGUGACAGCUAGAGACAAAGACCAGGGGCCCAAUGGGGACAUUAACUAUCGCAUCCUGCGAGACCAAGAUGCUUACGCCAACUGGUUCAGUAUAGACUCUGUUACAGGGAUUAUCACCACUCUCUCCCAGCUGGAUUAUGAAAAGAACCCCAAUCCCAGUAUAACUGUGGUGGCCUCAGAUGGAGGGAAACCAUCCCUGUCUUCCACUGCUGUGGUAAACAUUGUGCUUCAGGAUAUAAAUGACAAUGAGCCAGUUUUUGAGAGAAACUUCUACAAUGUGUCCGUCAAGGAGAACACAGCUCCAGGGACCUGCAUUCUCGAGGUGACUGCAACCGAUGCAGACGGCGGCUCCUUUGGCUCCAUUACCUACUCCCUUGGCUCUGGCAUUAACAGCGUUGUUCCCUCUCAGUUCACCAUUGGCAAGGAGACUGGCCAGAUCUGCACUAGCGCUGCUCUAGACAGAGAUCAAGGGCCGGCCAGCUUCGACUUUACUGUUACUGCAGUGGAUGGGGGUGGACUGAGCUCAGUAGCCUAUGUGAAGGUAGAUCUGGUCGACAUUAAUGAUAACAGACCUGCCUUCUACCCAGUCAGCUAUGCUGUCAGUUUAAGCACGCAGAGCGCCCCUGGGACAUCUGUUGUCAGAGUGACGGCCUAUGACCCAGACUCAGGCGAGAAUGGCCGAAUUACAUACAAAACAGUACCUGGAGGGGCCUCCCCUUACUUUACUCUCAACAAAGACACAGGUGUGAUCUCUCUGUCUCGGUCUGUCUACGGGAAGACCAACUCUGUCAUUCCCAUGGUAAUUUCUGCUCAGGAUGGUGCUGGUCUAGUUGCCAGAGUCAAUGCCAGAGUCAACAUUAGCGUGGUGGCGGGGCUGGUGGCUCCACCUGUGUUUGAACAGCCUCAGUACUACUUUACUGUAUCAGAGGACGUCUUGCGGGGGACAGUUGUCGGCAUCGUCCAGGCCAGCAGUAAGACCGGCACCUCUAGAGAUAUCUCUUAUACCAUCAGCUCUGGGGACCCUGCAGGCUACUUUACAGUGGAUCCUGACACUGGGGCCAUAAGGACCAGUCUGUCCCUGGAUCAUGAAGCCCAGUCAGCUCUUGAUUUAGAGGUGCAGGCCCGCAGUGGCAACCCCCCUGCCUUUGGCCAGACCCGUGUCCACAUUACCAUCGCAGACAUCAACGAUAACCCACCUGUUUUUCUGCCCUCGUCCUCGGAGUCCCUGCUGCUUCCCGAGCAUACAGAAAUGGGCACAGUGGUGUAUCGCAUCCAAGCUGAGGACAGAGACUCUGGAGUCAAUGGACAACUCACCUUCGAUCUUAAUUCUCCAAGUGAAAUCCAGAGAACCUUCAGCAUAGAGCGCAGCAGUGGUGAGAUCCGAUUGGUAGGGAGCCUCAACUAUGAGAGUGCUCCCCGUUAUGACGUCCAGGUGAUUGCCAAGGAUAGUGGAGUACCCCAGCUUAGCACCAUCUUCAUGCUUGUGGUUCAUGUCCAGGCAGAGAACGACCAGGGACCUGUGUUUGAUACCCUCACCUACCGCGUGGAGCUAAAAGAAGGGACUCCGAUAAACACACGCUUCCUUCAGGUCAGGGCUCUGAACAGAGAAACCACCGGCUCAGGUUACUUCAGUCCUCUGGCGUAUCACCUGCGUCCAGAUGGAGAUGCCGCAGGGUUUGGCAUUGCUGCAGACAGUGGCUGGCUGUUUGUGAAGAGCGCCCUGGACAGAGAAGUCAAGGACAUGUAUCUUCUAACAGUGCUGGCCAGCCAGGGACAUGGACACUUGAAGAAGACGGGUAGUGCCACAGUGCGGAUAUCAGUGACUGAUGAGAAUGACAACUCUCCUCGCCUCACACAGGAGAGGGUCUUCAUGGCUAUGAGAGAAAACCUGCCAGCAGGAACAGGCUUUGGUCACCUGACGGCCUCAGACCGAGACAGCGGCUCUAACGGACGCCUCAGCUACCGCUUCCUGCACCCUGAUCGCCACUUCCAGAUAAACUCCCACACAGGUGAGAUCAGUACAAGGACUACUCUGGACAGAGAGCAGCAGUCCAGUUACCAGCUGGUGGUGGUGGUUCAAGACGGAGGUUCACCCCCUCGUAGCGCCACAGGCACAGCCUUCAUCACUGUGCUGGAUGAUAAUGAUAACGACCCCGCUUUUACGCACAGCCAGUCGGGCAAAAAUCUCAUCAUACAGGUGACAGAAGGUCAAUCCUCCGGGGUUUUACUGGGCACGCUGCAAGCCAAAGAUCCCGAUGAAGGAGAGAAUGGAACAGUAUUCUACUCUUUGUCAGGUCCCAGGGCUGAGCGUUUCUCUUUGAACCCAAACACUGGGGAGUUGCGUUCAUCAUCCCCUCUCAGCCACUCGGAACGGGCUGAGUACACCCUGACGGUGACAGCUACUGACAGAGGACUGCCCCCUCGCAGCACCUCCUGCUCCCUCACCAUUCAGGUUCUCAGCACUAACAUACCUACUGCUAAGACCAAUUCAUUAUCCAUAUCUUUCAACUCUGUGGAGGAGGCAAAGCCUGGAUCUGUUAUUGGCUCAGUCCGCAUUCGUGACAGAGAAACCCCAGAGGUAGGGGAGGUGACCUACACCGUGGUGGGGGGUACAGACCGAGAUGGCACAUUUGUCGUGGACCGUCUGACCGGAGACGUGUACCUGGCUCGUCCUCUUGACUAUGAACGAGAUGCACGCUACACCCUGCAGAUUGAGGUGGAUGACCUCUCUCAGGCCCUUCCUAGCAGCACCCUGGUCAACCUGGACAUUGACGUGGAGGACAGCAAUGAUCACGCCCCUCAGUUCCCAGAGGACCCCAUCACCAUCGUCAUCUCUGAGAACAUGGAGCCCGGCUCUUCUGUGUAUACUUUCCAGGCCACAGAUAAGGAUGGCAGCGGGCUCAACAGCGAUCUCAAGUACUCCAUUCUCCACCAGUGGCCAAGCAUCCCUAGCUUACUAACCCUCGACCCUUCCACUGGGGUUCUCUCCUUGGGCCAGGAGCUGGACCAUGAGGUCACCUCCAACCUGAUACUGGUUGUAAAGGCAACAGACUCUGCCCACGAUGCCAGCCAGAGGCGCUGGGGUUCUGUCACGGCAAGGGUGUAUGUAACGGAUGAGAACGACAAUCCACCUGUGUUCAGCUCCCCAACAGCUGUUAGUGUGAUGGAGGACCAGCCGGUGGGCUUUGUGGCUCUGUAUGUCAUGGCAAGAGAUGCAGACCAAGGGGAGAAUGGCAGAGUGACCUACAGCAUCCAGUCAGGCAACACUGGAGGAACAUUUAGCCUCAACCCUAACACUGGCUCUCUGUCUAUUUUCAAACCUCUGGACCGUGAGGAGCAGGACGUCUUUAACCUCACAAUAAACGCUGAGGAUCAUGGGAUACCCCAGCACUCGUCCAGCCAGCUGCUGUGUGUCCACGUGAUUGAUGUUAACGAUGAGGUGCCCUGGUUUGAGGAGAGCCAGUACAAAGCUCAGAUAUCUGAGAACCAGCCUCCAGGAACUAGUGUGUUGACAGUGUCCGCCUCUGAUCUGGACCAAGGAACCAAUGGACUGGUGACAUAUGGUGGUAUCUCAGAGGAGGGUUUCAGCAUCAACCCAGUGACAGGUCUAAUAACAACCACUAAAUCACUGGACAGGGAGCUCCAGGAGUACUACACCGUGACAGUCUAUGCAAAAGAUGAAGGCCUUCCCCCCAAUUAUGCCAAAGCCACAGUGAGGAUCAGAGUGCUUGAUGAGAACGAUAACGCCCCUUUCUUUGGACGUCUCUACUACAGCAUAGAGGUGCCUGAAAACCUGGAGGCAUUGCCUCUGUUUACCCUGAGAGCCACUGACCAGGAUACAGGAGAUAGUGGACAGAUGAACUAUAAAAUUACAGUUGGAGAUCCGCUGGGAGACUUCCGCUUGGACAGACAGUCAGGUGUGCUAUCGACUUCAAGGCCUCUGGAUCGGGAGAAUAGGGCCGGUUACACGCUAACAGUCACAGCUCAGGACCAGGGCCACCCUCCCCUCAGCAGCACUGCUACUGUGGAAGUGACUGUUAUGGACAUCAAUGAUCACAGCCCACAGUUUCAGAGUAGCAGCUACACUGCAGACGUCUCGGAAGAUGUUCCCAUUGGCUCGCUGGUCCUGGAGGUGAAAGCCGUUGAUCUGGACCAGGGCCCCAAUAGUCAGGUGCUUUACUUUCUGAGCAGUGGCUCCAGGAGCAUGUUCAUCAUUGACCAGAACACAGGCCGCAUUAUCACAGCAGCACCCCUAGACAGAGAGAGAACCGCCUCUUACACCUUUGAGGUGUGUGCCACUGACUCCUCCCCUGCCAACCCACGUAACUCCACUGUUCAGGUGACUGUCUACAUUCAGGAUGUGAACGACAAUGCACCCUUCUUCAUUCUGGACCCACUUAUUGUAAACAUCUCCACCAUCAGCAUGUCCAGCCGCCGAGUGCUGGCCACCAUGAGGGCGGAGGACAAGGACUUUGGGGCUAAUGGCUCUGUAUUUUAUCGUUUUGCCAACCCUGUGAGGGGCUUCACCAUCAACUCACUGACAGGAGACAUCCAGGCCACAGAGAAUCUGCAGACUCUGACCCAAAGCCAGAGGACUUUGAUAGUUCAGGCUAUGGACCAGGGCAACCCUGCUCAAUCCUCCCUGGGGGUGGUUAUCAUUUAUAUCAGGGAACAAAGCUACAAGGGAAUUCGCUUCUCUCGCACGGCUCGAGACGUCAGUCUGCAGGAAAACGCUGCUAAAGGCACAGUGGUAACACAGACUCAGGCCCAGUACCCCGAUGGCUCUAGAACUGGUAUCAGCUACAGUCUUUUCAGUGGAAACAGAAUGCAGUCUUUUGGAAUAAACACCAUUACUGCUGAGAUAUGGGUCCAGAGAUCUGAGGAACUAGACUUCGAGGAGACCCCGAAACUACGCCUUGUGGUGAAAGCCGAGACGGCAUCCUCCACCUCCUACAUGGCUGUCAACUUAAUCCUGCAGGACGUCAAUGACAACUUGCCCCGCUUCCAACUCCAGAACUAUGUAGCCUACAUUAGAGAAGCGCAGGGCUACAAUUUCCCCAUUAUUCAGGUUGCUGCAGAUGACCUGGAUCAGGGUCAAAAUGGUCAGGUGACCUACUCUAUCAGGUCAUCAUCAAUGAGCGGCUUGUUUAAGAUAGACCCACUGACCGGCAGCAUCACCACUGCAGCCAUAAUGGACAGAGAGAUCUGGACACAAACAAAGCUAGUUGUUACGGCAACAGACCGGGGAACCCCGCGGCUUGCUGGCUCUGCCACCCUCACUGUGAUCAUCAUCGACCUCAACGACAACAGCCCCAUGAUUCCUCUGCAUCAGGAGAUCCGGGUGCCUGAGGAUGCAAUGAUUGGCACAGUUAUCACCCAAGUAACAGGAAAUGACGUCGACUCUGGCCCGGCCCUCUCCUACACACUACACCUGGAUGCAAACAGCCAAGGCAUGUUUGGGAUUCAUUGUUAUGGAGGAGGGGUGUCUCUGACUGGCCUUCUGGAUUAUGAGGAAAGGACGUGGUACACUCUGACUGUCCGGUCAUCCGACUCUAAACAUCAGAGCGAAGCCAACCUCACUGUGCUGGUGGAUGAUGUGAACGAUAAUGCCCCCACUUUUACGCAAGAUUUGUAUCAGGUGACUGUAUCAGAGCACCUCCCAGCAGGCAGUGCAGUCAUCACAGUAACAGCCACUGACCGUGACUCCGGGGAGAACGGGAAGAUUACUUACAGAGUUAUGUCAUCAACUAGGGGUAUCUUCUACAUUGACCCAAGCAACGGUACUCUGUUUGUCAACCAAAAAACAGAGUUUGAUUUUAAGAAUCCCUCCAUCCUGGUGGUAAUUGAGGUGCGGGACCAGGGCACUCCAUCCCUUUCAUCUAUCGCCACUGUCCAGGUACAAGUGUCUGAUGUCAACGACAACGCCCCCAUCUUCCAUCAGUCAGAGUACAGAGCCACUGUGUGUGAAGAUGGGCUUCCUGGAUCAACUGUUCUGACCUUAGAAGCUGUGGACGGAGACUUGUCCAGGGACAACUGUGGUUUUGAUUUUGCCAUUGCCAGUGGGAACUCGGGUAAUACCUUCCAGAUUGAGAGCAGCGUGCACUUCUUGGAGGGGCAUGGCUUUCAGACAGUUGGCAGCCUGAUCUUGGUGGAGGAGCUGGACUUUGAAGCGGUGCCAAGUUAUAACCUGACUGUUGUGGUAUCCGAUCGUGGAGUCCCUCAGCGCAGCUCCAGCGUGCCUAUCCUCAUCAGUAUCACAGAUGCCAAUGACAACCCUCCAGCUUUCAGCCGAGCAGAGUACAGUGUAGUACUGAGUGAGGCUGCAGCAGCAGGGACAGAGAUCUUGCAUCUUUCUGCCACAGAUCCAGACUCUGCUCCCAAUGGAGAGGUGCAGUACUCCAUAUGCUCAGGGGACGAGACAGAACUUUUCCAGGUGGACCGGUGGACCGGAGCCUUGAGGCUGCAGAGACCUCUGGACAGCGAGAGACGGUGGUCCCAUGUGAUUGUUGUCCAGGCUACCGACGGUCAAGGGCACUAUGCUUUGGCCCCAGUCAGUAUUGAGGUGAAGGACAUCAACGAUAACCGGCCCUUCUUUCCUCUCAAACUAAUAACUGCGAGCAUCAGGGAAAACCAACCCCAGAAUGCCUUAGUCACCAUGCUGCAUGCAAUCGACCAUGACAGAGGUGUUUUUGGACAGUUGAGGUACUCCAUCUUAGACAACUCUAAAGAGGGAAGAGAGGCCUUCCUCAUGAACCAAACUUCGGGAGAAGUACGCACUCGCUCUACUUUUGACUUUGAGAAGGUAAACUCCUUCCAUUUUGUGGCUGUUGCUAUGGAUGCUGGCAACUAUUCUGCUACUGUAACAGUGCAGGUUUAUGUUACAGGGGAGGAUGAAUAUGAUCCUGUUUUCACCUCCUCAGAGUUCUCAUUUGAAGUGCCUGAGGGAGCAAAGAAAGGUCUGGUCAUUGGCAAAGUGCAAGCCAGAGAUGAGGACGGAGGCGUGGAUGGCGUUGUCCUCUACUCUCUAGCAGACAGUUCGCCUUAUUUUGAAGUUAAUAAAUCAACGGGGGCAAUUUCCUUAAAGAUGGACAGCUACAGUAGACAUGUGAGUCGAUCUAAAAGAGAGGUGCGUCUAGUGACCCUGGACGUGACUGCACACAGCCCUCUGGAGACGUCCCGUGUAGCUGUGGCCAAAGUUAGCGUAGAUGUGACCCAUACGUCUUUUGGGCUCACCACUGACAUGAAUAUGGUGCUUAUCAGCGUCAUUGCAAUUUCACUUGGGACCAUAGUCAUACUAAUAAUAAUUGCUGUGGCACUCUUUUUUGUUAAAUUUCGACGUCAGAAGAAGGAGCAAAAAGUGCAGGGACGAACAACAGCGUCAGGCACCAUGCUGCACAAGUUUGAGGAAACGAAGAUAGCAGCAAAUGAAAUGAUUUACCAUCAGGCCCUUCCAGGAUACACGCCGGAUCAAAGUGGCAGCAGUGGCGGUCCAUACACUCGUGGAGGAUCCCUGGAUCCCUCCCACUCUAGUGGGCGUGGCUCUGCGGAGGCGGAGGCAGCCGAGGAUGAUGAGAUCAGAAUGAUUAAUGAAUACCCUCGAGUGUCAAGUAUCUCCUCCUCCAUGCAGGAACGCAUCUCUGCCCGAGGUCCGGACUCUGGAAUCCAACAGGAUGCAGAUCAGCUGUCAGACGUGUCCUGCGAGCCUUCCAUAGAUUGGUUCAAAGGGAAGAAACUGGGCAGUCUGAAUGGUACUUUAUUAGCUGGCCAGGUGCCAGUCUACAGGGAUGAGGGGGGUGGGUAUGUGGGUAUGGGACGGGGACUCAGCAUCUCCCACCCUAAAGAUUACACUUUCCCAGAGGAUGGAAAGCCUGCUGUGGAUGGCUCCCUGACAGCCAUCGUGGCCAGUGAUGAGGAGCUGAGGGGCAGCUAUAACUGGGACUACCUGCUAAACUGGUGUCCCCAGUUCCAACCUUUAGCUAACGUUUUUACUGAAAUAGCACGUUUAAAGGAUGAAACGGCUCCUCCUCAUCCUCGCAGGUCAUUUCAUCACAAAGCAAAGGCAGAGUCAAGAAUCGACCCCCCGCCUCUUAUAACUUCUGUGGCCCACCCCGGGGCCAAAACUGUACCUCCGAAGCCUGCCGUAGGGAGGACCUUCCCCCACUUGGCUUCUUUACGAAGAUCCCCCAUCAGCGCAGAUGGAUCCAUCUCCUCAGUCGCCAUGUCUCCAAGUUUCUCCCCCUCUCUGUCACCACUGGCAGCACGUUCUCCUGCUAUCACGCCCUUCAGUGUCUCACAGGGCCCCUCUGCGUCAGUGAUCAGCACAACGGAACACCAUUUAGAGCACAUCGAGGAGGCAGAGCUGAGGAUUUAAAUUAAAACUGAGUCAUUGCUGUCCCAGACUUGUUCUACUGUAUGACCACAGGGGCUGCAAACCUGAAAUGAGUCAAUGAUAUUCUCUUUCUCAAGAGUACACAAGGAUACACUAAGAAGUCCAAAUAAGUGAAGUUGUGGUGCUUACUGAAGAAAAACUAAACUACAUGACUAACAGGCUAAAAUGGACUUUGCCUUUUUGUGUGUUUGUGUGAAAGAAACUCCUCAUUCUUCUGUUGAUCAGUGUUAAUUUGCACAUUCAAAUGGAGAUUCAUACAUGAUGUCAAUAUUUUGUACAAAAGCAUUGUCUAUAUUUUUAUAUUUACUUGUGGUUUCUGACAAGAAAUGGCAUUAAAGUGUCAAAACGUUGCUAAAACUUCAGAAUAUAUUUCUAUAUUUGUAUAUUUGUAGCUUGUACUGUAUACUUGUUUGUACUGUAUGUUGGUUUUAUCUUGUGUCAUUCUUAACCUUGUGGUUUUAAAUGAAGCUCUUCAUCAACGCUUUAUGAAUUGGGAUUUUUGUAACAGAUUAUUGUAAAUAUUUAUGGAGGAAGAGACAUCAUUGCUUGAACAAAUGAAACAUCAGUCAGAAUAGACUAUUGUGUGAUCAGAUUUUCUGCAGAUCCAGAGUUUGAUCUCACAUCAAAAGGUAAUCAUGAAUGUGAAAUGUUAUAAAAGGUGUCUUAGUCCUCAACACACAUCCCUUCAUUUCCUGCAAAGGCAAAUGUAACUUGACAUCCAGUGAUACCAUCCUUCAGGUGCCCUUGCUUUAAUUUCUCACAAUGAGCCUUACUGCUCUCAUUUUGCUUGUAAAAAUAACUCAUGUGAGGGAGAACAUUGAGCAGCUACGUGGUAAAUGUAAAAUAGUUUUCUCUAUCAGUAGCCUUAUCAUUACAGAGAAUGUAAGCAAGUCUUGGUCAUUUGUCUCAUCUAAUGUCCCUCAGUAAAAUAUUGAAGAAUAAUUACUUAAGCUCUAAAUCUAAAUGAAUUUGGAGCAGGUUAUCAUAAUUUUUUGUCCUAAAUCUUUGUAUACUAUAGUGAAUGUUAUGUUGGACCACAUUGUCCCCUUUUUCAAUAGCACUAUAAAGAAUACUAUACACAUUAAAAUUAAGUCUAACAAAUGUUAAAUAUGAUGAUGGAAGUUUGAAAAAAGUAGUUCUAUGAAUGUGCAAACACCACCAGAGAAUGUUUCCUAGUUUAUGACAAGAAGUGUAUGUCAUGCACAUGUUCAGCCAUAAUUCACGUAAUGCUUUUACACAGAUGCCUACACCGUCAAUACAUUCAUGAUCAUAAUUGUGUUUUUGGCAGCCUUUUACAAAAUAAUAUGAUGUGUACAUUAAUAACUAUGUAGAGCCCAAGUAUUUUGUUUGUCUUAACAUCCAGUUUUAGACCCUUGCUAACAUUAGCUUAAGCAACACUAGCAUUCUGCAGUAUUUUUUAUUUAUUUUAUAGGUAGACUUCGGAAGCUGAGAGGCUUGGUAAAUUAUUUACAACAAUGCUAUUUUGACCAUGGCCAAAUAUACAUGAACACUACCUAUUUGAUAGAAGGUACCUUGUUGUUUGUUUUGUUUUGUAUUGAACAGUGUUACCCGACCACUUACUUUUCAUAUUUGUCCAAAUUGUGCGUAUGAUGGUGCCAUAGAAGUGAAAUUCCUCCAAAUGUUCGCACAUAUUCUAGGCUCGACCAGAGAAAUGUUUUGAGCAAAAAGUGCCUGAUUAAAGUACUUAUGUGAACACAU